AUGCUGGGCAGUGUUCUUCAGGUGAUCUGUAGUGACAUGGAUCGGCACUCGGCUAGCAGCAGGGAUGUUCGAUGAUCUCUGCACUUGAUUGGUAGUUCUGUGUGUCAGCCGGAAGCGGGAAGCAGCCUGCCACUGUGAACCCUGUGAGAAACAAAAGUGCUUCUGACAGUCAGGUUUGGGCGGGAACUCGGACGGCUGUGGCCGGCCAGGAUACACAUCUCACCUGGGCAUGACUCGGCACGGCCCUCGGUUUCAGAUAGCCAAGGCUGGCGCCCAGAAAGGUGCUCUCUCCAAGCAGAGAGAGGGUGCCCAGGACGACAGAAACCUGCAAAUAACAGACUUUUUCAAACCAUCUUGCAAGCCAGAGAGAGAUGUGUUCAGCUCUGCAGUUAGCGGGUGUAUUGGCAGUCAGCUUCUUAACAUGCAGACUCGAAGUAAGGAUUCUCGUGGCACUAGAAAAACAACCCCGUCUAAGAGACAACGGAAGAUCCCUGCACCAUCCCCAAACAAAAGCCCCAUCACGGAGGCCUUACUAAGAGGGAGCAAAGAGAAUAAGGCAAUUGUGAAUGGGACAUCUGUAAGUAAUAACGCCAUUUCCACUUUGAUGCCUUCUUCAAGUAAACUUUUUAUAGAGCAUGAAAAUGGUGAUUCAUCUCUAAAACGCAAGUUAUUUUCACAAAAUAGUUCAAACUGUUCAGACAAGAAAUUCUCCCUCUCAAGAGCUCGUCGCUGUUCUCCAAGCACUACAGCCUUCAAACACUACUCUUCUGAAACCACAAGGCCAGAAUAUUGUCAGACAGGGGAUGGUGUCAUACAUCAAAAAGCUGGGAAAAGUUUAGGUUUUGAGGUCACAUCUCCAUUGACAUUGCAUGCUCCAGAAUCUGGACACCCAUUUACUUUUGAAUCUCAAUUGACAAUACCAGGAGAGGAAAACAAACAUGUGCUGAUGAGCUCGAACUGUCCUUUCCCUGUAAUAGAAUCAAACCUGGGUGCAGUUUUGGAUACCAGAAUAUUAUCUCCAAGCCUAAGGUUUUCUACUGAUCUUGAUAGCCCAUGUACGCCUGACAGUUAUGAUGAUGACUUCAAGCAACCUUAUAAAGAAACUCAUCACAGAACGGACUGGGACAGUAUAGAUAGUGAUGAGUCUUUUAAGGGUUUCCCCUUAAGUAGUGAUGAUGAAGAUGAGGAGACACUCAAGCCCCUUGAUAAGAUUUUACAGUUGGCAACGCAACCAGUACCAUCCACCCCACAGAGAGACUCAGACCUGUCUAUUGUUUGUUUAUCACAGUCGCCUGGAUGUGAAACUUUAGUAAUUAGAAAUGUACAGCCAGUUUUACAAACUCCCUCUCCAUAUAUUAACAACCUGGAUCGUAUUUUAAGAGAGCGAGAGGAGAGCAAAAGAUUAGAUGAGAUGGAAAAGAGACUGAAUGAGGACAUACGGAGGGGACUUGGUAUGAGCAAUGAAGACAUGGAUGAUGUUGGCAAAGAUGGAGAACUUACAGAUGAACACAGAGCCUUUUUAAAUAAAUUUACUGUCGUCACAAAUGCCAUACCAGACCAUCAUCCAGGGGAGGAAAUCUUCCACUUGUCUGCAUCUGGAUCAUUAUUCAAUCACUGUACCCUUGACCUAAAACAUUCUGCGUUUUCUGGAGGGAGCUCUGAGGAUAGUGUCAUCUUCAGCUGUGAUCCAGAAAAUCAGCUCAUGUUGGCCAUGGAAGGAUAUUUUGCUUUUGGGUAUCGGUUUAAGAAAUGCCCAGAAGUUCUGAUGAGGUGGAUGUUUCAGAUGGUUUCUAUCCAUCCAUCUUACUGCGUUUCACUUAAAAUCUUGAACACACUGAUUGAAAUUACAUGCAACAAUCUUACCUUUCUAAAAGAAAAACCCUGGACUCCAUCAUUACUGGAUAUAGCAACAGUGUUCGCCAACAUGGGGAUAAGCUUCAAGACUCUCUUUCCCCUUACACACAUCCAACCCUCAUUCAGUGCCAAUGACCUAGUAUCUGCAGUACCUGGACCUGUAUUAGCAGAACAAAGACCUGACCGUUCUGAACAAACUUUUCAUCAGAUUCCAAAAUAUCAAAUUGCUCAUGUGAUUAAAUUUUUAGGCUUUUGUGCGACUUUUGACCCAAAUAGCUUCUUUGACAAGGAAAUCCUUGCACUCAUAGUGUUGCUUUUGAAGAUACACUUGGAAAAAGAAAUGAAAGAUCUUCCUGUGGUGGAUUUGCAUGGUCUUCUAGAAAACCUGCUUCAAAAUAUUAAGGAAUGGGAAAAGAUAAUGCCUGAACUAUGCAUUGCAGUAAGCAAACUUUCCAGUCAUCAUCACAACUUUAUUAAACUGCUGCAGCUUAUUCCUUCUAGUGAAAUGCGUGGAAGAGAGGUGAGAAGACAUGCCAGCCUAAUGUGCAUAUCCAAUAUCCUCUCUGGAGACUGUACAGAUCUACCUGUGAACUACGCCUCUCGGAUGAUGAAGCUGUGCCGAUUUAUGUCUCAAAUGAAGCCAUCAGCAUUAGUGAAAAAUAUGCAGUGUGUUCCUGAAAAUGGAUCAAAGACUUCGCUUGAUCUGGAUCAAGAGGCAUACUAUCUAACUUUCAGCCUUUUACAUUUGGUUAACGAUGCAAGUAGUUCAGAUGAAUCUCCAUCUUUUCAGAGAAAAUACAUACUAAAGCUAUGUACUGAACUGGAGAAACACGUAAAGAGUGGCAUCCGGGAGGAUGCAAGGUUUUUCUACCGGACAAAGGUAAAGGAUCUAAUUGCCAGACUGCAUGGCAGAUGGCAAGAGAUGCUGCUGUAUUCUCGGCCUGAUCAGGGAAAGUUGCAUGAUUACUGGCAGCCAGUGUGUGAUAGGUCACUCCACAGUUCACAAGAAAGUCUCGGCAGUGCCUCCCAGGAAGAUUCAUGCAAUGUUACUGAAACCCUACGGGACCAAGACCUCGGGAACGUUUUACAGUCUGAAAAUGCUGCUGUUUAGGAGACCAGUUUAAUUUGUUUGUUUGUUUUUGUUAAAAGAAAAUUGUCAAUUUUAUAUUGCAGGCUGAUACAAACGUAUGUAGCUAUAGAGAAUCCUGUGCGUUAGGAAAUAAAACAACACAUUUUAUUGGAUUGGCAAAUAGCGGGUACAAAAGUACCACAGUGGCAUACAAAAUAGCUAUCUGAACCCUGCUGGCAGAAACAAAUAUUUAGUCAUUUAAUAUUAUCCUCCUUAGGAUAGUAUCUGGCACUUUAAGUACUACAGCUUGCACUAUUUGUAUCAUUUACGUGUUUUUUUUUCCAUCUGUGGAGACCAACUAUUUUUUCAGUACACAUUUUUUAUCAUGUGUCUUUAAUUAUCUGAUAUACAUUAGUAUUAUCCAUUCUUCUACUAUGAAACAAUGGGUUCAAAAGAGCUAGAAGACACCAUUGAGGGAAAAAACCCACUACACAAAUAGCCGCAAUCAUUCAAUCGCAUUGAAUCUCCCUUUUUAUUUAUUUUUUUAAAGAUCGGAUACCUGUCAUAGCAGAAAGGGAGGCUGUACCAUCCCUGUAAUCCCUGUCAUAGCAGAAAGGGAGGCUGUAUCAUCCCUGUAAUCCCUUUCAUAGCAGAAAGGGAAGGCUGUACCAUCGCUGUAAUCCAUGUCAUAGCAGAGAAGGAGGCUGUACCAUCCCUGCAAUCACUGUCAUAGCAGAAAGGGAGGCUGUACCAUCACUGUCAUAGCAGAGAGGGAGGCUUUUCCAUUCCAGUAAUCCCUGUCAUAGCAGAGAGGAAGGCUGUACCAUCCCUGUCAUAGCAGAAUGUACCAUCCCUGUCAUAGCAGAAAGGGAGGCUGUACCAUCGCUGUAAUCCCUGUCAUAGCAGAAAGGGAGGCUGUACCAUCGCUGUAAUCCCUAUCAUAGCAGAGAAGGAGGCUCUACCAUCCCUGCAAUCACUGUCAUAGCAGAAAGGGAGACUGUACCAUCACUGUCAUAGCAGAGAGGGAGGCUUUUUCAUUCCAGUAAUCCCUGUCAUAGCAGAGAGGAAGGCUGUACCAUCCCUGUCAUAGCAGAAUGUACCAUCCCUGUCAUAGCAGAAAGGGAGGCUGUACCAUCGCUGUAAUCCCUGUCAUAGCAGAAAGGGAGGCUGUACCAUCGCUGUAAUCCCUGUCAUAGCAGAGAAGGAGGCUCUACCAUCCCUGCAAUCACUGUCAUAGCAGAAAGGGAGACUGUACCAUCCCGGUCAUAGCAGAAAGGGAGGCUGUACCAUCCCUGUAAUCCCUGUCAUAGCAGAAAGGGAGGCUGUACCAUCCCUGUCAUAGCAGAGAGGGAGGCUGUACCAUCCCUGUCAUAGCAGAGAGGGAGGCUGUACCAUCCCUGUCAUAGCCGAAGGGGAGGCUGUACCAUCCCUGUCAUAGCCGAAGGGGAGGCUGUUCCAUCCCUGUCAUAGCCGAAGGGGAGGCUGUACCAUCCCUGUCAUAGCCGAGAGGGAGGCUGUACCAUCCCUGUCAUAGCAGAGAAGGUAGGCUGUACCAUCCCUGUCAUAGCAGAGAAGGUAGGCUGUACCAUCACUGUCAUAGCAGAGAAGGUAGGCUGUACCAUCACUGUCAUAGCAGAGAAGGUAGGCUGUAUCAUCACUGUCAUAGCAGAGAAGGGAGGCUGUACCAUCCCUGUCAUAGCAGAGAAGGGAGGCUGUAUCAUCUGUCAUAGCAGAAAGGGAGGUUGUACCAUCUCUACAAUCCCUGUCAUAGCCGAGAGGGAGGCUGUACCAUCCCUGUAAUCUGACAUGCAAACUGAAGUUAAGACAUUGUUGGCAGGUUAAUUUAAAAUGUUUUACCAGAUUUUUUUCUUAUUGGCCAGUUGUAUCAAGGCUUAAGCAAUUGACGUGUUCUGUGUGAUAUUGGACUGCUUUUCCAUGUGUUUGUAAAUUUAAAAAUGUUUUGUUACAAGAAUUUAGCACUUUAUACCUUAAUUUGUAUGUUGGUAAUUUAUAUUAAAAAGAAAAAGAAAGUGUCUUUUAUUGUGCCAAA